AUCAGCUUCCGGAGGCCGUACCUGAGAGAUAAUACCUGAGCGGCUCCGCCAUGUCACCGGUGCGCCGGCAGAAACCUUUCCACCGAUCUUCCUCACAUCAUGGUUCAUUCUAAACUCAUCUCCAAUCUCGAUGGCGACGAUCAACAAACAGAAACACCAAUUACAAAUCCAAAAAGAAUCAAACUCCUCACCUCCAUUGACCAUUGUCAUUGCGGACGAAUCCCGGCGUUGAUCGGGCAUGCUCCAUCUCUAUGCAUUGAUCUAUCAAAAUUCCACCUUUGAUGACGAACCAAAGAGAAAAUUCACCAUCACCUAUCAAAAUCCGAGCUUCAUCGCGAAUGAAUUACCUAUCCAUGAGCACCAAGUCGCUGGGACACUGAGAUUGAGCUGCCAUCGAAGGAGAAAGAGACGGCGGUCCGUGGCCGAAUCAAUUGUAAAAUCGAAUCAACUUAUUAAUUCGAUUUGUUUCGGCCCACUACUUGGCCCAUUUGAUGGCUUGGCUUGGCUUCGCUUCGCUUCUACUCCGUUGCCUCGAGGAGCAACAGGGCCGAGGAGCAGCCAUGGAGGAGGCGGUGUGGAUGUGGGCGGUGGCAGCGUGCGUCAAGGCUCUCCUGAUCCCGUCGUACCGCAGCACCGACUUCGAAGUGCAUCGCCACUGGCUCGCCCUCACCUCCAGCGUUCCCCUCCGGCGCUGGUACUCCGAUACAUCGGCUCCCUGCUGUACCCUCGAUUACCCCCCACUCUUCGCCUACUUCCAGCGUCUCCUCGCCCUUCCGGCUACUUCCCUCGGCCUCCAUCCCUCUGGCCUCCUCCACCUCUCCCCCUCCCCUCCUUCAUCCGCUCCCCUCCCUGUCCUCCUCUACCUCCGCCUCUCGGUCAUCGUCACCGAUCUCGUCUUCCUUCUCGCCGCCGUCCGACUCGCACGCCGCAGGCUCCCGAUCGCUCGUCGAAGCAUUGUCCUUGUGCUGCUCCUUUGGUCGCCUGCGCUUCUCAUCGUUGACCAUAUCCAUUUCCAGUACAACGGCUACCUCCUUGGCAUCCUUCUCCUCUCCCUCUCCUUCCUGGAGGAAGGGAAGGAUCUUGCCGCGGGCAUUGCUUUCUCUGUCCUGAUCUGCUCCAAACACCUCUUUUUGAUCGCCGCGCCGCUGUAUUUUGUGUACCUCCUCAGGCAUUACUGUAGAGGCAGUCUGUGGAAGGCGUCGGGGAGGUUUCUAAUCAUGGGAGGAGUGGUAGGAGCCGUCUUCGUUGCUGCAUUUGGUCCGUUCUUUUACUAUGGACAGAUUCAGCAGGUUCUUAGCCGUCUAUUUCCAUUUGGUAGGGGCCUCUGCCAUGCAUAUUGGGCUCCAAAUUUUUGGGUCUUUUACAUAGUUAUUGACAAGCUCCUAGCUGUUGUGCUUUCAAAGCUUGGAUUUGAUAUCCCUUCUCCUGAAGCAUCUUUUACUGGUGGCUUGGUUGGAAAUUCUUCUCAUUUUGCUGUGCUUCCUCAGGUCACCCCUUUGAUAACAUUUGUAAUGGUGUUACUUAGUAUGUCUCCAUGUCUCAUCAAAGCCUUCCAAAAGCCCCAAGCAAAACACCUUAUCAGAUGGGUAGCAUAUGCCUUCACAUGUGGCUUCAUGUUUGGCUGGCAUGUUCAUGAGAAAGCAUCACUUCAUUUCACAAUCCCACUCGCUGUAAUUUCAGUGGACAGUUUGAAUGAUGCAAGACACUAUUUCUUGCUUUCAAUAGUAUCGUGUUAUUCCAUGUUUCCUCUGCUAUUCGAGCCGCAGGAAUAUCCAAUAAAAGUACUGCUUCUCACUCUGUAUGCCAUCGCCAUGUGGAUUGGCUUUUCUUCCUAUUUCAAGCUGGUUGUUGUUCCUGCAGAAGAUAAAGUCCACAACCCAAGUACUUCAGAUCGAGAAGAAACAUUUAUUGGAAAAUUUGGAACAAUUUAUCUUCUAGGUUUGCUAGGUGUGGAGUUAUGGGGUCAGUUACUGCAUCCAUAUAUUUUUGGUAGUAGUUUGCCAUUUCUUCCUCUCAUGAUGAUUUCGAUAUACUGUGCUAUUGGAAUGGUUUGUUCAUGGGCAUGGCAACUUAGGCAAAUAUUACAACGUACUUAAAUAUUUGUCCCUCUCCAACAAAUUCUAAAUUGAGUAUAUUUAUUUGUCAGAGGGAUUAGUCUCGGAAGCAUGGAAGAAUUUUAGCUGUCGAUUGUAUUUUGCUUAUGAUUCCUGUUAUAAGCAUUAUGGAAAUUUUACUAGUAAAAUAAUCAGAAUAUGCAUUUUUUUA